GCAACGUGCUGUGUCCCAUAAGCGACAUGCCAUGAGCUUCUAACUCUAAUCAAUAUACAAUUAAGGUAUGCUAUAGGUACAUAUCUUCCCGCGUUUGGAACAACAGUAACGAGUGUUGCACGCACCAGAAGGCAUUGUAAAAAUUGGGUGACAUCGCCAUUACGUAGCACGCUUAAUAUGUUAUAGUAGUUAGGUUAGGCGCUGUGCGCGCCACGGUUGAGGAGCUUAUGCAAGACGGAAAUGGGCCGGGCGCCGGGCAGGCGGCAACUGCCAUGGGAGGGAGAGCUGCAACUAGUGAGCUUGACCUCUACAAUGCUCGGAGUAUUAAGCUUGCCGAGGCCACAAGGGUCCGGCUGUUCCUACCGGGUCUUAAAGGCGGCGUCGUGGACGAAUGGGAUGACCCCUCUGACCCACGGGUCGGCCCCAACACCGCUGCUGGGGGCCAGGCGUCCGCAUCACGAACGCCAACCGACACGGCCAUCAAAUCUCGCAAGAAGCUCGCGAAGGUCGCAGCACUGGCACAUGCAAACGAUCCUGCGGGGCCCGGGGCGACCAGCGGUGGCGGUGGGCUGGGAGGCAGCAGCGGCAGCGGCGGGGCGGGCGGCGAGGAGGAGUCGGGCAUGAUGAUGCUGGUGGAAGCAAUCAUGGUGCUUGAGGAUGACGACGAGGACGCGGACUACCUGCUAAUGAACGGCGGGGCAGGGGCCGGUCAGGGGUCCGGUUCCGGAGCCUCGGGUGGAGGUUACGGGGGCUCACCCGGCGGUGCAGCCCGCAUGCAGCCUGAUUACGACAUGGACAGAAACAACGGCGGGGGUUCCGGGGGCCGGUACUACGGGCAAGGCGGGGCGGGCGGGGGCGCAGGGGGUGGCGGCGGAGCGCAGGGGCGCACCAGCGGCGCCGGCGCCGGCGGAGGUGGCGGGCGGAUGCGGCCCGGGUCCGCGGCUGCUUCGGGGCGACCGAUCAGCGGGUCAGCUCGGAGGGCUGGAGAUCCCCACGCAGCCCAGGACGGCGUCAGUCCUGCGCGGUUACGACCCGGGCCGGGGUUCCGCUCCGCAGGCGCCAGCAGCGGUGAGCCCUCGUCGGGGCCGCCGCGCGUGCCCGUCUGGGCGCGACUAGCCAACAGCACCACUCCUCGGGAGAGGUUGGCGCCGCCGCCGCCAAAGGUCUAUCGUGCCGUGCAGGGUAAGACGCUAAGUCUGGGGUUAGGCGGCCCCGACGACGGCUACAGCCUCUUCAUGGUCGCCGACCCGGCGGGUCCGUACUACAAUGGGGAGAUCGCCAACGGUAACGGUGCUAACGGCGCAACCGCCGGGGCUGGAGGCGGCAGCAACGGCAAUGGCGUCGUUGCCAGCAAUGGCAAUGGGGGUAGUGGCAACGGUGGCGGUAACGGCAACGCUGGUGGGGGCACCGCUGCUAACGGCGGCGGCAAUGCGGCUAAUGGCCGAGGCGGGUGGCCGCCGGCCAUGGUGCCUCCGGUCGGCGGCUGGGUCCGUGCUGGCGCCAGUACGGCAGCCGUGGCGGCGGCGGCAGCGGCGGCGGCGGCUGGGGCGAUGCCGAUGGGUCGCGGCGGUGGAGCGCCGUACGGCAUGCCGUACGAAAUGGAUUACGUCCCGACGUCAGGCGGCCGACGCGCACAGGACCCUGUAGCCAGCCCCUCGCACCAGCCCUUCACCAGUGCUGCCACCGCCGGCGCUGCCACCACCACCACCUCCAUCGGCCCCAACGUUGCCUUCAUGCGCUCCCGCCGCCUCGGCAGCGGGGCAUCACCCAGCCGUACAACUCAAUCGCCGGCGGCGCUAGCAGCGGCGGCGGCUGCCGCCACGGUGUCGACGGCGGCGGCGGUGGCGGCGAUGGCUGCCGGUGGUAUCGCGGGCGGCAUUGGGCCAGCUUCGUCAUCUGGCACGGCGGCCGCUGCUGCCGCUGCUGCGGCGGCGGCCGCGAAUGGCGUGGCUUCGUUACGCAUGGCGGCGCUUCGGGGCUCCGCACUGCAGCGGAUGAACAGCGACGUCCUUGCAGUUCCGGCGGCUUCGAGUUCUCAUAAGGCCCAGUCGCCGGACCUCGCGAGCGACGCACUGGCCCGCUUGGUGGCGGGAAGCGGCGUCUGGGGCGCAGGCGGGCCGGGACCGCCCGCCGCCGCCGCGGCGCCAUCGCCGGCGGCUGCAGCGGCGGCGGCGAUUGCGACGCAGCAGCAGCAACACCGAGGAGGAGGUGCGCCUCCGUCGCCAUCGCAGCAGCAGGCAGCGGCGGCUGCAGCGGCGGCGGCGGCGGCAGCAGUGCCGACGGCUUGGGAUGACCCUAGCGGCGCCCCGAUCGGCGGCCCCCUGUCGCCAUCGCCGUACCAUCACACCCGGACUGUUUCGUACAGCACUUUGCAGCAGUUGGGGCUGCUCAGCCCUGCCAAAGCGGCAAACGCGCUCGGUUACAGCAGCGCCAGCGGUGCCGGUGGCGGUGCGGGCGGAGGAGGUGGCAGCAGUGCAAACGGCGGCGCUGCCAACGGCAAUGGAGGCACCGCUCUAACACCGCCAGGGCGCUACUCCAUGCAGGGAGUAUCUCCUGCCGCCGCCGCCACUGCUGGCUACGGAAACAUCAGUACGGCGCCCUGGAGCCCGGCUGCCUACUCCUCGCAACGUGCAUCGCCCUCGCUCCAGCAGCAGCAAGCCCAGCAGCAGCAGCAGCAGCAGCAGCAACCGCCCUACCAUUACCACCCAAACUCAGCAUCCCCUACGCAGCUGCAGCAACAGCAGCAGCUGCCGCUGCAGCCUUACCUCUACCCGUACGUCUCCAUGCCGGGCUACCUGAGCAGCUACAGCGCUGUGCAGCAGCAGUCUGACCCGUCCGGGACGCACGCGUCAUCCCCUGGAGGGGCCUUCGGAGCUAGCGGCAUCGGCGGCAACGUCAACGGUGUGCCCUCUGUGUCAGCGGCAACCGCCGCCGCCGUACUAGCUGCUGCCUCGCGCUACGCCGCUGGGGUCUCCGCUGCCGCCGCUGCUGCUGCCGGCGGCGGCGGCGGCAGCGGCGGUUCACGCGGUAGCGGCAACGCCGGGCCGGUUGCGUUGUACGGCAAUCGCGCCGCCGCCGCCAGCUCGCCUAUCUUAUUUGGCGCGGGCAGUACACCGCAGGUUGGUGUUUCUGUAGCUGGCGCUGCCGGCGGCAGCGGAACGAUUGGGGCCUCAGAAGGGAGCUCGCGUGUUCGGUCCUCAUCAUUUACACAACUUGCACAAGUACGGUGAAAGCGUCUUGGGCUAGCUAUGACCCGUGGGGCUGGGAACUGAGGGCUUGCAAAGGCUGCACAGCACUCAGAGGUACAGGCUAGGCGGGCGGCCUAGUGCUCCAUGACAGUCAGGCGUUAAUUUACUCAUGAGCUGCGAAGGGUCAAUAUACCGUAUACGCAGCGUGUUGAUCUGCCAGGCGGUAGCAUUGCCCCUCCUGUGGUUGCGUUGACAAUUGGUUGCAUGGUGCCGCUGGUGCCGCUGCUAGGGACCGAGGCUGCAGCCGCAUGCCUGGCUUUACUGCGCACGACCCGAACUGUACGACUGAAGUGCCUUCAAUGUUGCUAGCUAGACCACCAAGACAUGAAGUUUUUGCAGUCUCUGUGUAUGACUAUGUAUGUAUUCGCACUCCUUGGAUGGACACCGCUGCUCAUUCAUGGGGCAGGCGGCGAGGGGUGUGGCCCAAAUGCAAUGCAGAGGAAGAGGUUGACACAAACGCUGUUGUUUAUGUUUAUGCUGUUACGAAUGAAGCGCUUGGGGCUAUACCAGUAGACUUUACUUAUGCUACGAUACGGCACACUAGUUGGUCAUGCAUGGCUGUUGCACUGCAAAACUGCAUGAAGUGUGUCUGUGCGUGUGUGUAUUGUUACGUAAUGCAGUGCUGUGGAGGGGAGAGCACAGGAGGUGCACAAUCCUCAGUCCAAUUCUGAUCCAUGCCGGGUCAUCAAGAUAUUGCCAUAAGACGGCAUGACUGCUGCGCGCCCGGAACAGCGUUCGCCUGCCGGUAUGACCGUCCCCGGUCGCGCAUGAUGGCAGGCAUACGGUGCUUUGCUGUAAUAUGGGAGAAGGGUUUAUGCUGAGUGAGCAGCGAGAGGGCGCAGCGUUGAUCUUCCCAAGCUGUGACCUGCCCUGGUUUGGGUGUGAUUACUGAAAAAGUAACUUCGAAAUUGCACGGACAUCUUGGCACCGAGUACCACCGAGUGUUGGCACCGAGGUCGAACUAUCGUGCAGGUUUGGCCGCUGCCCGGGUGCCUGCCGGCAUUUGGACUGAGCCUCGUGUAUCUUGCUACGUUUCAAUUAGAAAUGUCCAAAAACACCCGGUAAAGAAGAGAGAGAGGCGUGGCUGCAUAGCUCCCUACGCUAGGGUUAGCCGAGGUACCGAGCUUCGGCGUCUCGGCCGAGCCGAAACGCCAAUUACGACAAAGAGCAGAGCAUUAGCUGCCGGGUUUGUUCGUCUUGUUCGUCGUCGUAAUGCGUGCCCAAACAGUGACCAAAGAAGAACUGCUAGCAGCACGCUAAGCAGGUUGAGCCGUCCCUCUUCGCCCACUCCAGCUCUCUUGUUCUCAACCGCUCGGCCGGUCCAAGACCCGCACCCCUCCUCAACGGCACACGCCAGCGGCACAAUUGCCAAGGCGUAGAUGUAUGCCCUCGCUUCAGCAGGACUAGUAUCUGUAGUUCCUUUGGGUUCAGGGCCCCGAGCUAGC